AUGCCGUCAGCCGUAGACAUGGUUUCCAUCGCUGCCGAUGACACAAGAGUCCUCGGACAGGAUCCUUUGAUCCCUCCCGCCCUUCUCACCUCCGAGAUCCCUCUCCCCGAGAAGGCCACAAACACUGUUGUCAAGGGUCGUCAAGAUGCCGCCGAUAUUGUCCUUGGUCAAAGCGACAGACUCCUCGUUGUCGUCGGCCCCUGCUCUAUCCACGACCCUGCCACCGCCCAGGAAUACGCUGCCCGACUCAAGGAGAUGUCUGACAAGCUCUCGGACGAUCUCUGCAUCGUGAUGCGCGCCUACCUUGAGAAGCCCCGAACAACCGUUGGCUGGAAGGGUCUCAUUAACGAUCCCGAUAUCGACAACUCCUUCAAGAUCAACAAGGGUCUCCGUGUGUCCCGCCAGCUCUUCGUUGACCUGACCACCCAAGGUCUACCAAUUGCCACCGAGAUGCUCGACACCAUCUCUCCUCAGUUCCUCGCUGACUGUAUUUCCGUCGGUGCUAUUGGUGCCCGUACCACCGAGUCCCAACUUCACCGCGAGCUUGCUUCUGGUCUGUCUUUCCCCGUCGGCUUCAAGAACGGCACAGACGGCAGCCUUGGUGUCGCCAUUGACGCUAUUGGUGCCGCCGCUGCUCAGCACCACUUCAUGGGUGUCACCAAGCAGGGUCUUGCUGCUAUUACCCGCACUAAGGGUAACGAGCACUGCUUCGUUAUCCUCCGUGGUGGAACCAAGGGCACAAACUUCGAUAAGGAGAGUGUCCAGGCCGCGAAGAAGGUCCUACAAGACAAGAAGCAGAAGGAGGCCAUCAUGGUCGACUGCUCUCACGGCAACUCCUCCAAGAACCACAAGAACCAGCCCAAGGUUGCCAAGGUUGUUGGUGACCAACUCCGUGAGGGUGAGAAGGCCAUCAUCGGUGUCAUGGUUGAGUCCAACAUUGGCGAGGGUAACCAAAAGGUUCCCGCCGAGGGUCCUGCUGCCCUCCAGCGCGGUGUCAGUAUCACUGAUGCUUGCAUUGGCUGGGAGGACACCGUCGCUGUGCUCGAGGACCUCGCCGACGCUGUCCGCACCCGUCGUCAACUCAACAGCUCCUAA